UGCCUCGCUUUGUCGAUGAUCAAUCAUUUGUGUUGGUAAAACGUUUAUAUCUCGGAUUCCGUCAAACUAUUUCCUUCUUUUUGUCUGGCAUUUUCAUGUGCAGCAUUCGUGAGUUUGUCUUCAUGCCGUCGGGGUUUUGAUUAUCCUGAAUCACGGGAAACUUAUGAAUUGCUUCGACACUGCCUCCACCGGACAAAUUCUUUGCAGUUUGUUGAUCGCUGCUUCGUAAAAACGCAUAUCUCCGCUCCAUCAGGUUGCGGGCCUCGGAACGAUUGAGAUGCAGCCUGUCAAUUUUUCUCUAGAAUAAAGAUAUUACCGAUCUCUCGUCGGCGGUUGAGGCCUUCUUGCAUAGAGAAUUUUUUUGAUGGAUAGCUUGCCAGAACAUCUAGUUUGGGAGAUAUUGACGAGGAUAAAGAAGACCAGAGACAGAAACUCUGUUUCACUAACAUGCAAACGCCUUCACUACUUAGAUAAUGCACAGAGACAUUCUCUAAAGGUUGGAUGUGGAAUGGAUCCUGCCAAUGAUGCCUUGACGUCCCUAUGCAUUAGGUUUACCACCUUGUCAAAAGUAGAGAUUACAUAUUCUGGUUGGAUGUCUAAACUAGGAAAACAAUUGGAUGACCAAGGGCUUCUCAUUCUUGCAUAUCAAUGCCCUUCUUUGUCUGAUCUCACCUUGAGCUACUGCACAUUCAUCACCGAUGUAGGUCUGCGCUGUUUGGCUUCUUGUUCCAAAUUGUCAUCUUUGAUGUUAAAUUUUACUCCUAGAAUCACUGGCUGUGGUAUACUGUCUCUUGUCAUGGGUUGCAAGCACCUCUCUAGCCUUCACCUCAUCAGAUGCCUCAAUGUAAGCAGUGUUGAGUGGCUCGAAUACCUUGGCAAGCUUGAAACACUUGAGUUUCUCUCGAUUAAAAAUUGCAGGGCAAUUGGCGAGGGUGAUUUAAUAAAGCUUGGCCCUGGUUGGAAAAAUCUGAAAAGGUUACAAUUUGAAGUUGAUGCUAAUUACAGAUAUAUGAAGGUCUAUGAUCGAUUAUCUGUGGAUGGGUGGCAAAAGCAGUGUUUUCCAUGUGAAAAUAUGCUGGAGCUAAGCCUGGUAAAUUGCAUCAUCAGCCCUGGGAGAGGCCUUGCUUGUGUGCUGGGGAAGUGCAAGAACUUGGAAAAAAUUUGCUUAGACAUGUGCGUUGGGGUAAGGGACUCUGACAUUAUUUCUCUGUCCGCAAGUUCAAGUAAUUUGAAGUCUAUUUCAUUCAGAGUUCCAUCUGAUUUUUCCUUACCAUCCCUCGCAAACAACCGGUUGACGUUAACAGAUGAUAGUCUGAAAGCCAUAGCUCAAAACUGUUCAAAGCUUGAAUCAGUUGGGAUCUCUUUCUCUGAUGGGGACUUCCCCUCAUCUUCUCUGUUUAGUUUAAAUGGAAUACUUUGUUUAAUGCAAAGGUGCCCGGUUCGUGAGCUCGCUCUUGACCAUGUAUAUUCCUUCAAUGAUGUGGGCAUGGAAGCUCUUUGCGCGGCAGAGUAUCUUCAAUCCUUGAAACUUGUGAGAUGCCAGGAAAUUAGUGAUGAAGGGCUGCAGCUUGUGAGCCAGUUUCCUAGAUUGCGCGAUUUACAUUUAAGCAAGUGUUUGGGAAUUUCUGAUGAAGGGUUGAAGCCACUUGUUGGAUCGUUCAAACUGGAUUCGUUAACUGUGGAAGAUUGUCCUCAGAUUUCUGAAAGGGCUGUUCAAGGAGCGGCUAGAUCUGUGUCUUUCAGGCAAGAUUUAUGUUGGAUGUACUGAAUUUGCUGGUUUUUAUGACCACUUUUACAUCCAGAAUGCUCUUUAUUGCGUCUGUUCUCUGUGUAUAUGAUAUACUUCUCGUGUAUUAUUUAUUUCCAUUGUAUAAUUCAUUCAUCUGUCAUACAAUAUAUCUGAUUUUAUCAUAAUAUAAUUCAUGUAUUCCAGCCAAAUAUUA